CAUGGUGUAUGUAAUUUCUGUAACCCUGAUAAUUUCGUACCCCUACAAAUUACGAUUAAGAAAAUUCUCAUAUUUCUAACGAUUCGUUUAUUUUAUUUUCAUCACCAAGCAAUCUUUGCAUCCACAUUUAUAACAUCAACCAUUCGUUUAUUAUAACAUUCACAUAAAAAUUAUCUUCAUACACAAUCAAGUAUUAAACAUGUUUCAUUGGCAUGUCAUGUGUGAAAAUACCGGACAAAAAACUUUAUAAUCAACCCAGUAUAUUCUUAAAGAUCAGCCUAAGUCAACAGCAUCCAUGAUUCAAGAUGGAGGACUUCAGUGCUGAAAUACCUGUAUGUCGCCUAAGUGAAGUGUCAUUCCGGCUAUACACCAGUGAGGAGAUCAAAGCUCUCAGUGUCCUCGAGGUCAACAACCCUCAGACUUUUGACAUCUUUUCACAUCCUACAUAUGGAGGUCUUCAUGAUCCUUGCUUGGGACCUAACCACCGCACUGAAGUGUGCACGACAUGUGGCCUGAGUCACGUGUUCUGUCCGGGGCACAUGGGGCACAUCCAGCUCCCUCUACCAGUGUUCAACCCCAUCUACUUCGGCACACUGUUUAAGUUGCUGAAAGGAACAUGUUUCGACUGCCACAAGCUGAUGGUGGACAACUUCUACUGUAAAGUCUUCAUCCACCAGAUGGCGCUGCUUAAUCGCGGCGAAGUGUCGGGCUGCUUCAAAGUCUCGGCAUAUGGUGACCACCUCGUGAUGGAGAGGGGCAAGGAGAAAUACGACCUCACUGAACCUUUAGAUCAGUAUGUAGCAGACAAUUUCCCAGUUCCGGAUGCAAAUGAGAAGGUUGACCCUCAUCUGAUGAACCACAAGAACAUUCAGGCCGUGCGGAACUCACUGAUCAAGCAGUUCAUGGAUAAGCUGACCAGCAGUAAAACCAAAUGUCCGCAGUGUGGUGUGUCACUGAGGAAACUGCAGCAGAAGUAUAACAGGUCUAUUGGGCUGUACGGGAAGUCGGAUGUCAAGAAACACAAGAAAAAUAUGGAACAGAAAAACACGGAAAACAAGAAGACCAAGCUGAUUGACCUUGACGAGGACAUCGAGAGAGAAGCAGAUGUGGAGGAACUUGAAGAUGGUGAAGGAUCUGAUAAGAAGCUUGACAACACACUGUUCACAGACAACAAGGCCUUCACCAUGCUGACUCCGUCAUUGAUACGCCAGCAUGUGCAGCAGGUGUACACCACUGCUGGACCACUCCUGCGAAUCCUCUUUAAGUCGUUGGCCAAAGUGACAAAGGCUUCCCAUCCAACUGACAUCUUCUUCCUGGAAGUGAUUCCUGUUUGUCCUUCACGAUACAGACCUAUAUCCAUGUUGAAGGGUCGCCAGUAUGAAAACCCCCAGACAGCCAACAUGUGCCUGAUUCUCCAGGACAAGGAGGUCAUCACACAGAUCAUCCAGAAGGUGAAGUCUGGCAAACACGACACUGAGGUGGAAUCAGAGGAGGAGCUGCUGCCGCAAUCAGUUGUCAGUCAAAAAGGCACCUCCCUCACACAGAAGCUGAACAAUGCGUGGAUGUCACUGCAGUCUCACGUCAAUGUCAUGGUGGACAGUUCCCUGGAUAAACUCUCUAAAGACCAACAGGGCAUCAAACAGUUGCUUGAGAAGAAGGCUGGCCUCUUCAGAAAGAACAUGAUGGGUAAACGUGUCAACUAUGCUGCCCGGUCAGUUAUCUCCCCUGAUCCCUGCAUCAACGUUGGUGAGAUCGGUGUGCCCCUGGUGUUUGCCAAGAAACUGACUUACCCCCAACCAGUGACGCCAUGGAACUUCCAGGAACUGAAGGAAAUGGUGAUUAACGGCCCAGAUGUACAUCCAGGGGCCCUGCUUGUUGAGCUGGAGAAUGGCUGGAAGGUGAACCUGAACAAGGACAAGACUCACCGCGAGGCCGUCGCGAAACAGCUCCUCACCCCCAGCACCUCCAGCAGCAUGCUGAUGAAGCCAAAGAUUGUUUACAGGCAUCUGAAGAAUGGCGACUACAUGUUGCUGAACCGUCAGCCGACACUCCACCGGCCCAGCAUCCAGGCUCACAGGGUUCGAGUUCUGCCUGGUCAGAAGACUCUCCGUCUACACUACGCCAACUGCAAGGCAUACAACGCCGACUUUGAUGGAGAUGAAAUGAAUGCUCACUUGCCUCAGAGUGAAUUGGCUAGGGCAGAAGCAAUGGCAUUGGCUGGUACUGACAACCAGUAUCUGGUUCCCAAGGAUGGCACUCCCCUGGCAGGACUCAUUCAAGAUCACAUGGUGUCGGGAGUGUCUCUCACAGUCAGGGGCAGAUUCUUUGACAAGGCGGACUACUUUCAGCUCCUGUUUGCAACUCUGACAAAUGUUCCUGGGCGUGUGAAGAGCCUUCCUCCAGCCAUUGUGAAACCCUACCCUAUGUGGUCUGGCAAACAGUUGUUAUCAUCCGUCCUCCUGAAUGUCAUUCCCCCGGACAGGAAGCCACUCAACAUGAAUGGCAAGUCAAAAAUACCAGAAAAGAACUGGUCCCUGAGAAAGAGUGGACAGAGUGAGAUGGACGACAUGGGGGAGGGGACAGUGGUCAUCCGGGAUGGAGAGCUGUUGCAAGGGGUCUUGGACAAAGCCCACUACGGCCCUACUUGCUACGGCAUGGUCCACAGCUGCCAUGAGCUGUAUGGAGGUCACGUAGCGGGAAAGCUACUGAGCUGCCUAGGGAAGCUGUUUCGGGUGUUCUUGCAGCAGCGAGGCUUCACACUAGGAGUGGAGGACAUCCUCGUCAAACCAGAGGCUGAUAAGAAGAGAGGGAAAAUCAUCAAGAAGUCUCCAGCAUGUGGCCGAGAGGCUGUCAUCAGGGCCCUCAACCUGGAUGAAAACAUCUCAGACAAGGCCUUGAUUGAUAGUAUGAAAGAUGCACAUCAUGACUUGGAUGAUCGUGGUUUGCAGGAGCAGGACUUGGCCAUGAAGAUACAGACUGAUCGCGUUCAGAAUGAUAUUGUCAAGGCCUGUAUUCCACAAGGUCUCCACAAGGCGUUCCCAGACAACAACCUGCAGCUGAUGGUUGAGGCUGGGGCUAAGGGAUCCACGGUAAACUGCAUGCAGAUCUCCUGUCUGCUGGGUCAGAUUGAGCUGGAAGGUCGCCGACCCCCUGUGAUGGUCAGUGGGAGGUCACUGCCCUCCUUCCUGCCCUAUGAUACUGCACCUCGAGCAGGGGGCUUCGUGGCUGGGAGGUUCUUGACGGGCAUCAAAGCCCCGGAAUACUUCUUCCAUUGUAUGGCAGGGAGAGAGGGCUUGGUUGACACAGCUGUGAAGACAAGUCGUAGCGGGUACCUGCAGAGGUGCAUCAUCAAGCACCUUGAGGGGGUGCAGGUGGCGUAUGACAUGACUGUCAGGGAUAGCGAUAAUAGUGUUGUACAGUUCUGUUAUGGGGAGGAUGGUCUGGAAACAACAAAGACACCGUUUUUGUCUCCGAAGCAGUUCCCCUUCUUACUCUUGAACAGACACACGCAUGCUGAGACUGAGGCUGAGGACAAUAAGAUAAAGAAGAAGAUCCGGAAACUUAACAAGAAGAUCAAAUCGUGGAAGCAGAAACAUGGCGGAGAGCUGAGAGUGCGGAGCUCUGGCUUCCUGCACUUCUGCAGCGAGGUGAUGGAGGAUAUGGUUGAACAUUCGGACCUGAAGACAGUCAACAACUCAGGCCGGACAAUGGCUGCCAUAAAGCUGGAGGCGGCAUGGCGGGAAUUGGAUGAGGAGACGAGAGAGGAGUAUAGUCAGCGGAGCAGUGUGUGCCCCUCCCCAGUGAUGGACAAGUACCGGCCUCUACUGCACCCAAGUGUCAUGUCGGAGAAACUACAGGAGGCUGUUAACAGCUUCUGUGAUAACAAGUUGGAUGAGGUGAAUGAGUCCAUCCCAGGUGCAGGAGAUGUAACAGCCAAAUCUUUCCAGAAAUUAUUCAACCACAAAGUCCUCCGAGCCUUUGCUCAGCCUGGAGAUGCUGUGGGCCUCACCUGUGCACAGUCUAUUGGGGAGCCGUCUACCCAGAUGACGCUGAACACAUUUCACUUCGCUGGUCGAGGUGAGAUGAACGUGACACUGGGUAUCCCUCGACUGAAGGAGAUCCUGCAGACGGCCUCACCCAGAAUCAAGACCCCCGCCAUGGACAUCCCCGUCAUCAACACCCCCGAGGCCUACCUGCAGGCCAAGCAGCUCAAGGUCAAACUGGCCAAGGUCACUCUCUCACAGGUCAUACAGGAUGUGAAGGUUACAGAGUUCAUAACAGCUCCUAAAGGAAGCCCACAUUUAAGUCAGCGGAACUUCCGAGUGCGCUUUGUGUUCCUGUCGGAGAAGGUUUACCGGGACACCUGUUGUGUGAAGCCAGAGGACAUCUUGUGCUACAUGGAGAGGAAGUACCUCAAGUCCCUGCUGUCAGUCUUCAGGGCCAAGAUGAAGCACAUCACGUCCUCAAAAACUAUUGACACUGCCAAAGUCCGGGGAUCUGCCAUGGCAGCCGUGGGUGAUGAGGAUGGUACUGUCAGAAGAGAUGACGAAGAUGACAUUUCUGAUGUUGACCCUAAUGACGGGGAUGCUGCUACCGAGAAGGAGCAGUCUCGGCAGACAGACACCCAGGAAUAUGAGGAGGGGGAGGAUGAGGAGGAGGAAGAGGAGGAAGACGAGGAAGAAGAUUUGGAUGUUAGUGAACCGGACAACAGUGAACCCGAGGAGGAGGAAUCUGACAUCAGUCAAACUAAUGACAGGCAAAGGAAGAGCUCUGGACAUUUCGCCAAGCGGGCUACUGCGGUGAAUGUCUUGAGCCAGUUCAUCACUCAGUACACGUUUGACAAGAAGAAAGGAUCUUGGUGUGAAGUCGUGUACUCGUUUGAUCUGUACAAGAGUAAGAUUGAUGUGCUGACGGUGAUCCAGAACAACUUGAAGAAUGCCGUGAUCCACCAGGUGAAGGGCAUCCGACAGACAUUUCUGGUGGAAGAGAAGGGGGCACACGGCUCUGAGUGGCACCUGAAGACAGAGGGGGUCAACAUCGAGGAGAUGUACAACUACUCCCACAUCCUGGACAUCAACAGACUCUACACCAACAAUGUCUUCGCCUUCGCUGCUGUCUAUGGAGUGGAGGCUGCUGCUAGAGUGCUGCUCAAGGAAAUAUCUUCCGUGUUUGGUGGCUACGGCAUCAACGUCGACUACCGCCACCUCUCCCUCCUCACAGACUACAUGACAUUUGAGGGCGUCUACAAGGGCAUGAAUAGGGGUGCCAUUAACAACAACAUCGCUCCUUUCCAGAAGAUGACGUUCGAGACGUGCAUGAAGUUCCUAGUGGACGCCAGCAUCAACAGCAAUUUGGACAAUCUGCGGUCGCCAUCGUCACGUCUGGUGGCCGGACAGGUUCUUCAGUGUGGGACAGGAGCCUUUGAUAUCCUACAGUCUUUGGUGUAGAUCCAUUAAACCGCAGUGGAGAUUCCUGGUUAGAAUAGCUCCAGCAACAAACAUUUGUCAUUUCUGGUGACUACUGGCUUGGGUGGUCAGACUCAGUGACUUGGUUGACAAUGUCAUGGUACACUGAUGUGUGGGACAAUGCUCAUGAUAUCAACCACUGGUUUGUCUGGCCUGAGAUUCCAUUGUUUAAAUGCUGCCAUGAUACACUGAGAUAAUGCUCAUUGUGGCAUUAUCAAACAAACAAACCAAAUGCAUUUGGACGUCUGCUGGUGUUAUCUUUGUGGUCAUGUACUGUAAAGUAAAAGAGGGCUCUAGCAACAUAUUUUAGGCCAGUCAUUCAUGUUUGUCACUCAUGUCCCUUGUUUGUCUGGCCCAGAUUGAACUGUUUCUAGUCCUCUGUGAUAUGGCUGGAAUAUUGCUGACUGCAGUGGCAAACAACACUCAUUAGUCACCAUCACACUGUAUUUAUUCGCUAUGGGUUGGUUGAGGAAAUGAGUGGACAUAAGGUAUUUUGUGGACUUGUUGUCCACAUUUGUCGUAAAUGUGUAUAAAAUUGUGUCUAUUGUUGAUCAUGAAAAGAAAACGUUUCUCAUUUUGUUCUUUUGAACUGUACAGUGCUAUGAAGAAAAUAUAUAAAGAAACGUGAUGCUAAAACAUCACAUCAUCAUA